UCUCUCUCUCUCUCUCUCUCUCUCUCUCUCUCUCUCUCUCUCUCUCUCUCUCUCUCUCUCUUCCCCCACCUCCUCCUCUUAGUGCCAUACCAUGUCUCAGGAGAGAUCGAUCCUCCUGGCGGGAAAAUCACACCUCAGAAGCUCGAGGUGGAAUUUGCUUGAACAUAUGAUCAUGCCAAAGAUGGGAGGGGAGAGGAGCACAAGGGAGACGGGAAGGGUCUCAGUAGCGAUCGAUGCCCCUGGUGGGAAACUGGGAACCUCAGAAGCUCGAGGUGGAAUUUGCCUGAACGUAGGAUCAUACGCCAAUGAUGGGAGGGGGAGAGGGGAGCACAGGGGAGACGCUGGGGAUGAGGGAGGACACUGAAGACAACAGAAUAACCAGCCGACCAGGAAAACGUCUGUCGUUCUAAGGCAUGUCGGGGACCACACCACAAUCGAUCAUCGGCAGCAUUGCCGGCUGCAGAAUCAGCACUGGAUCUCACGCGGUUGCACAGGUAUAACUUGGGAUAAUAAAAACCCGUGAAGAGAUGUAGCAGACCAGCCAUCAUCCGCCUAUUAUUGAAUCCCCCACCUCCAAAUGAGGCAAAAAAAAUCACAGCCUCUUGGCAGGGUGGAAACUAAAACCACACUUCACCCAGUUUUAUUGCAUUCUGAGCCUAGAGGCUCACAGAGUCCAGAGAGACUGAAAAACAAAGCCUCCUUGCCUUCUGAGACUAGGAAAGAGAUCACAAGACAAACACAUAGCAAGAAUUUAGAAAGCCAUCUGCACAAGCUGUCAAAACCCGUACGUCACAUUCCCCUUGGAACACACAAAAAAAAAAAGACAAACACCUCUCAUUAUUCUUAGUAAUGCUCCGUCGAUUUAAGCCCUAAGCUGUGUGUGUAACUCCUUUGUCAGCCCACCAGCAACAUGCACUUCGAUUUCUUCUUUGUCUCAUGGAAUCCGCACAAAGGACAGCCUGAAGGGGUCGAACUGUAGAUCAGCAGAGCCGCUGCACCGCGUUGAGGGAAUAUCAUGUUCAGAAGGUUGGGACCCCUAUCUCCCAUCUCAAGACCUGCACGAUCUACCGGUGCUCCCUCUCUCUCUCUCUCUCUCUCUCUCUCUCUCUCUCUCUCUCUCUCUCUCUCUCUCUCUCUCUCCCCUUCCCUGAUAACAGCUUCUGAACAAAUUUGUGUUGACUGACAGCUGCUCAACAAACAAGCAUUGCCUCUCUCUCUCUCUCUCUCUCUCUCUCUCUCUCUCUCUCUCUCUCUCUCUCUCUCUCUCUCUCUCUCUCUCUCUCUCUCUCUCUNUCUCUCUCUCUCUCUGUCUCUCUCUCUCUCUCUCUCUCUCCUGAUAUCCAUUAACAGCUUCUGCACGAAUUCGUGUCGACUGACAGCUGCUCAACCGACACACAUAGCCAUCUAAAAGGAAAAUUCCAGCUGCUGGCAGAAUAAGCUGAGCAGCAUUCACUGGCUUUCAGGUGGCCGUGGCAGACCUCUCUUCCUCAGUGGCUCCCUGCAUCCAAGGCACACCAGAGUUGAAUGUGCCAUAAGGCUGUCCACUGUGUUCACACACUCACUCCUGAUGUCACUUCACAUCUGCUGGACAAAAAGGCACCCUGAUUCAAAAGUGGAAGAAGCAGAGUGGUACUGACUGGCUUUCCUCUCUGCAGCUCUCUGUAUCCAAGGCAGAAUCACAUCCUUUUCCCUCUGCAGCUCUCUGUAUCCAAGGCACAGUCACAUCCUUUUCCCUCUGCAGCUCUCUGUAUCCAAGGCACAGUCACAUCCUUUUCCCUCUGCAGCUCUCUGUAUCCAAGGCACAGUCACAGUGUUGAACUCGUUCUCUCUGACCUAUAAAACCAAUGAGACAUCAAGUCGGCCCGAGCACAGAGAGAGAGAAGGCGCGGCGAGGGGAGGAGGAGGAGGAGGGAGAGAGGGGAGGAAGACAGAGGGAGCGGACCCGGGGGGUUCACUACAUUGCCUCUCUUGCCAUCCGCGAACUGGACAGGUCGCAAAUCCACCUCCUCCUCCUCCGUAAACAUAGUAAUGAAUGACCAGGGCCACCUAACAAUUCGCUCUCACAAAACGAUUGUGGCAUUAUGAAGUUGUGAUGAAGGUUCAUCAUGAAACAUGCCUGGCAUAUAUAAUAACUGAACUGACGACGUCUUAAAUACAGCUGAAUGAAUUCAAGUCACCGUA